AUGUGGUUAACAUCACUGAAGAGGUGAAAAAGUUGUCUGUUGUCAACACAAGCCGCCCUCUCCAAGCUUCAGAUAUUAACAAUAUCGCUACAAUAUUACAGACGAUUGUCGCAGUGAAACAGAAAGCUAACGAGGUUGGUUAUAUCAAGAAAGACCAGAAUUUAUACGGUCAUAUCGUUCCGAGGGCCGAUUUCUAAUAUUCAUCAUAGAUGGGUCAAGAGGAUUAGAUUACUGAAUUGGCGAAUUCCAUGUUACCACUUUGGUAUACUUAUAGCCUGUCGAAGGGAAGAUGUGAAACUCAUUAGAAUAACAAUAUCAAUUUCCAAUUUAUCCUAUUGUUCGAAUCACGGAUAUAGGUAAAACUUUCCCGUAAAACAUUGCCAUUGGUUAGUUGGGCAAAAAUACAAUACGCAUGUGACGGUGAAGGACCAGAUUUAUGAAUAAACGUUGACUAACAUAGAUAAUGAGUUAUAUUGUUAUUCUAAUGAGUUUCACAGCCAUCUUCCCUUCGAUAAGCUAUGGUCUACUUUAAUAAAUAGUCAUAGCUGCUCAGAUUUAGUAGGCUUGCCACAAGUCCGCCGCGGAAUUUUUUUCCUAGCCUGUGCAUGGUGGGCGUAAAGAACCGUGCCAAAUGAAAAUGAACAGAAAUGAAAUAAUUUGGAAGGGAUUUUGCGAAAAUCUAAGAUUUGCGUGGUAACGUGGGUCGUUUUUACUGCUUCACUUCACUUAGUGCACUGCAAAAAAAUUCGACGCCCACAGUGACUCAAAAUAUUGAGUAAAAUUACUCAAAUUUAGAGACUAGAGAGCAUAUUUACUCACUUUUUUAGUAAGAACAAUUGAGUAAAUUUUAAACUUUACUAAAAAAAAUUGAGUAAUUUUACUCAAAAUUUUGACUCACGCGUGGGUGUAUUAUUUUACUCAGGUUUUGCAGUGAUCAGUGUGGGAACGAGGUUCGUUGGCAAUUGUCUAAUAUACAGUAAAAAUUGGUUAUAGUGGCAUAGUUUUUCUUCUCUAUAAUGCCACCAAUUGCUUAUAUGCUUGUGUGUAUGCAUAUUUAUAGAUUUCUGACGAUUUCUGCACCACAAUAGACAAUGUACUGGAUGUCAACGAAGAAAGUGUCUUCCAAAGUCAACAGGAUAAGAACUCUUCAUCAAGGUACGAUAUGGCCGAUAUGUAUAUAUAUAUAUAUAUAUAUAUAUAUAUAUAUAUAUAUAUAUAUAUAUAUAUAUAUAUAUAUAUAUAUAUAUAUAUAUAUAUAUAUAUAUAUAUAUAGUAAAAAACAAAUUCCGAAAAGACAGUUAUUACCUCCGCCAGGAGGUAAUAACUGUCUUAAUUAAUGUCACCAUUAAUUAACUUUAUUAAUGUCACCAUUUUCCAUUGAUUUUCAAAUCAUUAUCCGCUGCUUAUAUGAUUAUUUAGUGAUAUUUUAUAAUGUUAAAAUUUUUUUAUAAUUUUAACACUUUACAGGAUUGUCGAAGCUUUAAAUACCUUCCUAGAAACAUUAGUCAUCGGUUCAAGUGGAAAAUUUGAAAAAAUCAAAAGAAACUACGCUGUUAAUAUACAGGCUGUACAACCACAACAAUUUAGCGGGCUAACAUUUUCUGGGAUUGUUAGAAAUUCUCGUAUAUCACCAUUGAGGAAUGGCAAUUUUACAGAAUUUAAUGACCACGUUCCACAAGCUCCAUCUUCUUCGAUCAGCAUUCCACGAACUAUAUUUAACGAAUCAACAAUUACGAACAGCUCCAGACAACACAGGAUCAUUUUUGUAUUGUAUAAGAAAACAGGUUUUUUCAAAGUGUCCUCGGAGGACACCAAGAAGACGUCAAGCCGUUUGAAUAGUUUUGUCAUUGCUGGAAGCAUUAAGGGAUUAUCAGUUAGGAAUUUGAGCAAUCCAGUUAAGAUCGCUCUAGUACAGAGUGUCGCGCGAGGAGACACGAACAGUACUUUGUGUUCAUACUGGAACUUUACCCUAGGGAAUUGGUCACAAGAAGGUUGCAUGUUUAAAAAGGUUCUUAGUGAUGGCAGAAUCCUUUGUAACUGUAACCAUCUUACCAACUUUGCGAUGUUGAUGGUAAGUUUAUUCAUUUAUCUUCAUUAUUUAGUUUUUGACGGCAUUUGAGUAGGGUGGGGCGAUAUUUCGAUAUAUCGAUAUUAUCGUGAUAUUUUCACUUAUGAUUAUCGUAUCAAAGGUGGAAAAAUGAGCGACCAGAUAUCGUAAUUAUCGUUAAUAUGGUCAAUGACUAUCGUGAUAGUGUUUGGCACGUGCACAUCGUUCAGGCACAAAUCCGAAAACAAUUCUUUUAAUUUCUAUAACAUAAACAUUUUGCUGCUUUGCCACAAUAUUGCAGUGGACAGCCAAGAAAAGCCAAUGAAAUAAAACAUGGUUUUUACUUUUUUUAGUUGGAUAUUAAUUGAUGAUCUGUUUUAUUAUUUACUAAUGUAGCUUUGUUAUGUUAAUAUGUUUUUACUGUAUAUUAAUGCGGCCAUGCAUUGUAUCAUGCAUUUAUCGCGAUAUUAUCGAAUAUCGUGAUAAUCAAAUUCCUAGACAAUAAUCAUGAUAUGACUUUUUUUAAAUAUCGCCCAAACUUACAUCUGAGUACUGUGGUCGGAUCAUGGACAUGAUACCCAAAACGUUCAAUUUUUAUCCGACUGCCCCCGGAAAAAUGAGCCCGUUGUACUGGGAGAAAAUUUCCCGAAUAUGACCAGCCUACCUGUCGAAGUACCCUAUUUCCCCGCACGCAACUUACGUUCAAGAUCACAUAUAUUUAUUGUUUAGGAUAUCAAACCAGCGGUAAUCACAAAACAUGAGAGAAUACUUGGUGUAAUUAGUUAUGUUGGAUGUGCGCUCUCAUUGGUCGGACUGACCUUGACAAUAAUAACGAUACUAAUAUUAAGGUAAAUGAAGAAUGUUUACUAUAUAUAGAGCUCUUCCUUGCCCAAAAUGGAAAGAGACAAAGAAGUGUCAUAAUUUUUAUAUAAAGCACGUGAACAAAUCCUGUUCGAAUUCGAUUCCGGGGAAGCAUCAUGUGAAUUUCAUUUUACAGUGCAAGGUAAACAACCUCGCAUUCUCAUUUGGAUCCAGCAAGGUUUUUCUAGGGGGUUCUGGGUGAGCAGCCGAGUGUUUCUUUAUAAUUCUUUACGGGAUGGUGGGAUAGAAAUGAACUGGCUUCCUAAUGACUCGAGCGCCGAAGGCACAAGCUCCCUAGGGGGUCCAGGGUUAUUAUGAGUGACAGAAUUUAUUUACUUUUACAUUUUAGAGAACUCCGCAGGAAACUUCCAAUGAAGAUUUUGUUGAACUACUGCACUGCUUUGUCAUUAACGUUAAUCGUGUUUUUGGCCACGCCUGAGGGAUCAGAGUCGUCAUCAUUAGCCCGCUGUGGGACAGCGGCAGUCGCCUUGCAUUACUUCUUGUUAGUAGCGUUUUUGUGGAUGGCAGUAGAAGCGUUCAGUUUGUAUCUGGCAAUAAUCAAAGCUCGUAAAAUCGAUUCAUUUCCUUUCGCGUUUAUGCUGAAAUGCUGUCUAUUUGCUUGGGGUAAGACGCGAAAUUUCGGAUACAUACAUGUUUUCUAACUGAACGAAGCAGUAAUAGGCAUUUUAAUAGAUCUUUGCGCGUGUUUUGUUGAAAUAACAAUUGAUUAUUAUUUACUAAAACUAACAAAAAUUAAAAGAAAAAAACACUAAGAUAAAUGUAGAUUUCAAUAUCUGUUACAGAAACGUAACAAUACGAAAUUCCUGAACAUGACACUGGUGUUACCCACUUUUUCAAAAACUGUAUUAUUAUUGAAGAAAGUUGAUUAUUUUGGAUUUAAAAAUCGUCUCUAUUUUCACGAUUACUGAACGAAAUUAUUCGUUCUGACAGUAAUCUUCGGAUAUAUAUAGUUGGAACAAGUAUCUUCAAAAAGUUGCUUAAAGUUCUUUACUAUAGCCUAUAAGAUCCAUAAAGGAACGAUUUCUCAUGCCUUUUUUAUUUAUACGUAUGUUUUAGGGACACCUGCGAUAAUCGUAGCCAUAACAAUGAUAGUGGCUCUGGACAAAUAUGGCGACGAGAGAAAGUAAGUAGAGUUUUGGUUUAGUCUUUAGUUCUGUAUAAUGAAGUCUCUAUACAGCCAGUUACGAACGAGGACGUUUUCUAUGACAAGUUUUCAUGUGACAAGUUUUAUUUGCUCGUCUGUAAAGGCAACUUUGCCAAGUUUUACUAUGACAAGAGUAUAUAUACUUGUUGAAAAGCUAGUAUGCUAGCUUCAAUAAGUGCAUAGAAUAAACUAAUACACCUUUUCGAUAUAAUUACAUGAAUAUGUUCUUGGCCUGGGAGCUUCAUUUUCAUGAAUCGUGAGCCAAUCACAUUCGGGUCUUGAUUCACGAGAACGAGGGUCCCAGGCCACUGAACAUAUUCAUGACGUAAUUAUCAAAAAGGUGUAUUGGGAAAGUACAAAUUUUGUUCGUCUGUAUGGAUGCGUCAACAAAGAAAAUUUGGCAAAGUAAUUUGAGUACUUGCGUGCUGUUGGACAGCGAUCUUGUUCGCAGGGUUCGAUUCGUGCCCGGAGGCGGAGGUAUACGUACCAAGUAUUUUUACGAAACACCUAAACGGGAGAAGUUACGAAAGCUGCAACUGUGGGCCAAAAGAACGCGGCAACUCCGAAACUGAACAUUUUUUUAUAUUCCAGCUUUCGACUGCCGACAUCGUCAUCAGGAAUUCAAAUUAUUCCUGAUAAUGACUAAAAUUAGUAAAAUAUAGUCGAAAUGAUGUUUAUUUUUGGCCGUUGUUUUGUGUGCAAUGUAUAUUAUACAUUUACAAAAACCUUUCCAUCUUCAAAAAGCUUGAAACCUGAUUAAAAUGUCUAUUUCUUUCAGUUGUCGACUGCAUGGCGUGCCAUUUUUUGUGGCAUUUGUCACUCCAGUUAUUUUAAUCCUCGCUGGAAAUAUCGUGGUUUUCUGCCUUGUUAUUCGGUCAUUACUUACUUCCGGUAACACAGUGACCUCAAGCCGCAAAGUGUCGGGCUUGCAGCAAGCUCGGCAAGGGAUUGCGAUCAUGGUACUGCUCGGGUUAACCUGGCUGUUUGGUUUUCUUGCAAUUGACGAUGCUAAACUAGCAUUUCAGUGGUUGUUCUGCAUUUUUAACUCACUUCAGGGAUUUUUGGUAUUCAUAUUAUUUUGCAUUUUGCCCGCUGGAACAAGACAACAGCUGCGAAAACUUUGUAGCAAAAAGAGCAAUUAUUCACUUCGAGAAGACCCAUCCACUGGCAGCACUGCCAUUGGGAAAAUGUAUUCAGUAAAUGAUCAAUGCUCUGCGUCGGGAGAUGAACUUAAAACGUUGGAUAAAGAAAGCAAUUGCUGCAACAACAUGGCUUAG